GCGCCCUGAGGAUGCGGUGAGUGAGGAGCCAGGCUCGCCCCCGGCCGGCGCCCGCGCCCUGGCUGCGCGCAGGGCAGAGCCAUGCUGUCCGAGCAAGCCCAAAAGUGGUUUCCAACCCACGUGCAGGUCACAGUGCUGCAGGCCAGAGAGCUGAAGCCGAAAGGCAAAAGUGGCACCAAUGACACGUACACUAUCAUCCAGCUGGGCAAGGAGAAGUACUCCACCUCGGUGGCCGAGAAAACCCUGGAGCCCGUCUGGAAGGAAGAGGCCUCCUUCGAGCUCCCUGGGUUGCUGGUGCAAGGGAGCCCGGAGAAGUACAUCCUUUUCCUGAUAGUGAUGCACAGGUCCCUGGUGGGGCUGGACAAGUUUCUAGGGCAGGUGGCCAUCAACCUCAAUGACAUCUUUGAGGACAAACAAAGAAGGAAGACAGAGUGGUUUAGGUUGGAAUCCAAACAAGGAAAAAGAGCCAAAAACAGGGGUGAGAUAAAGGUGAAUAUUCAAUUUAUGAGAAACAAUAUGACAGCGAGUAUGUUUGACUUGUCGAUGAAGGACAAAACAAGAUCUCCUUUUGCAAAAUUAAAGGAUAAGAUGAAAGGUAGAAAAAAUGAUGGCACGUUUUCUGAUACGUCUUCUGCAAUCAUUCCAAGUACUCACAUGCCUGAUGCCAAUACAGAAUUUUCAAGUGGUGAGAGCCACAUGAAAUCCAAACCAAAAAAGCCUUUUCUUUUGGGCCCUCAGCGACUCUCUUCAGCGCAUUCAAUGUCUGACUUGACUGGGUCCCACUUGUCCUCUGAGAAAGUGAAGCCUGGCACCGUGAGUCAGACACAUCUUCUGGGACGCCGGAUAGACGCCUUUGGAGCCGUGCCAGAGAGUGGAAGUCUCAAAUCUCCACACAGAAGAACAUUAAGCUUUGAUACUUCUAAAAUGAACCAACCUGACAGCAUUGUGGAUGAAGGUGAAUCGUCUUUCGAAAGACAGAAUGACCCAUUUACAAAUGUGACUGCUUCAUUACCCCAAAAAUUUGCAACACUGCCAAGGAAGAAAAAUCCGUUUGAAGAAAGCAGUGAAUCCUGGGACAGCAGCAUGAAUUUGUUUUCAAAAUCAAUUGAAGUAAGGAAAGAAAAUAAAAGAGAGAAAAGGGAGAAAGUUAGCCUGUUUGAAAGAGUGACUGGAAAAAAAGAUAGCAGAAGAUCUGAUAAACUUCACAAUGGGGGAUCAGAUAGCCCUUGUGACUUGAAAUCACCCAAUGCGUUUAGUGAAAACCGGCAGGACUAUUUUGAUUAUGAGUCAACUAAUCCGUUUACAACAAAAUUCAGGGCCUCAAAUAUAAUGCCAUCCUCAAGAAAUAGUUUGUCGACCUCUGCACAAGUUGAAUGGAGAGGAUCCUUGUGGAGAAUCCUGCCUAAGACAGAAGCACACUGGAUCCCUGACUGCUCGUGCGAGGGCACAAGAUCAGGAAUACCCGACUGGGUCUUGUCUGGAUGUUUUCAUAUGAAUCCGACAAGCGAUGAAGACCUCAGGAAAAUCCCGGACAGCAACCCCUUUGACGGCUCUGCGGGGUACCGGGGUCUGACCUACGAGGAGAUCCUGCAGGAGCUGCUGAAGCACAAGGAGCUGCUGAGGAGGAAGGACUCGCACAUCCGGGAGCUGGAGGACUACAUCGACAACCUCCUGGUGCGGGUGAUGGAGGAGACUCCCAGCAUCCUCAGAGUGCCCUACGAGCCGUCCCGGAAGGCCGGCAAGUUCACUUAGCGUUGGGAAGAGAGGGAGAGGAGGAGGAGGGAAGGAAAGGAGACUGUUGCUUAAAGAAACUGCACCACCAGUCUCAUUACACACUCACCUUCGUUGUGGACACUGUGUCACCUGUACAUAUUAGCAGGGCCUCUCAACAGUGACCUUUGAAGGGAGCGGAAUCAUUUAGAAUCAGUGUAGAAGUGGACCCGAUGCUCAGCGAGUACGCAGUUCCUUAGGAUUCUCUUAGGUGCUAGGCCAGCCCGCUCCUGUGCCACGGGCCCAGAAACGCUUCAGGAGUACAGGAGUUAUUCCUCAGGAACAGAUUUCUCAUGCAGCAGGACUGAUACUGUGGUUGGUUUCUCAAGUCAAUUUACAGACAUUCAGCUUCAGGAACACUGCUCAUACGACACUACUAAAAAUCAGUACAUAUUUUAUAUGCAUAGAUUUACAUGAAUAUACACUCAUGUAUCUUUGUAUAUAAAAUUAUGCAUAUACCUCAUGUACACAUGUGUUUUUAGAACAUUUAAAAACAACUGGUUGCCUCUAAGGUUAGGAUACCAAUUUCAUAGCUGGAAAAAGCGUAUGCUCCAUCCAUGCAAGACAAGUCAUUGUCAUUCCUGUUUGCUACGGAGACUCUGCCUCCAGUUCUCGACUGUGUGAGCCUGGGUUUCAAGAUGAGCUGCUGGUUCCUACACCAGCAUCCAGUUUUCACUUUCUGCAAAUGAUCUAAAAUCGCUUUUUAAAGAAUGACAAAUUUUAGGAAACUUCAUUAACUUCACAGCAAUUUCUUUGAAUUAUCUUCACAUUUGAGUUUUGUGUAAGGUAUAAGCAGAAGAUAAGCUAAUGCAACUUGUUUUGUUGCAGUUUUGCAUGCCUUUAAAUCACUAUCAAAACAAUAUGAAGUUAUAUCUGAAAAUAAUCUUGGGGGGAAAAAUAGAUGAUGGUCUGGUGCCUGAUAAUGCAAAGCAACGGGCAAAUUCUAGCCCUGAAGAUUAGGCUUGGUCUCAGGUUACAUAAAUAAUAGAACAGAUGGUUGCUUUUGGGUCUUGAACCAAAACAAGAUUUACUAAAGGAGGAAUGAGUUUUUGGAGCAGAUCUGUACUAGCCUGGCAUUGCACGUUACAUCCACCCCCAAAGAAUUGAUUCAUCACCAAAUUAUAUGAUUUGAGUCCGCAAGCCUGUUAUAUAUUUGUACAAAAUUAUUCUGAAAUAUAAAUUGAAAAAACAGUGGUAUUGAGAAUAUUGCUAUUCUUAUUUUGCAGCUUUAAAAAUCUAAAGUACUUACCGUGAAACACUGAGUGUAUCUGUGUCUCCAAAUUUAAAAUGAAAACUGAAUCUCUAUAUAGAUGGAGACUUCUGUAUCCCCCAGUCCUUUACAAAACUGCAUUUUCUGGUGUUUAUCUUUGUUGAGUUCAUUGAAAGUUAAAUAAAAAGCGCUAUGAUAGUUUUGCUUACUUUAAAUUUUAAAAAUCAGACUAGUUAGCUAGGCUUAUAUUUGUAAACUAAAAUCUCUUCUUGUUUGUAUUUGAGUUUUUUUAGUUUCCCUAUGAGAAUGUGCAUUUUGAAAUUAUGAAAAAUUUCUCUGAGUAGCAAAAAUGAAGUGCUUUUCUAAAAUUAAGAAAUGGAGAAGGAAAAGUAGCUUAUAUCAAGUUUCCCCUCCACUUAUAACUAAAGUUCUAUAAUAAGCUUCAAAAUCUGGUACAGAAUUUUAUUUCCCCAUUUGAGGUCUUGGUAAGUGUUAUUUUUUAACAUGGUACCAUUUUAAGUUAGCGUUUAUUUUAAAUGUUUCAAAUUCUUAGCAUUUGUUUUUUUUCUGAUAGUAUUACUGAAGCUCUUAUACUUUUUAUAAAACCAAAUUCCAUGUUUUUUCAGUAUUAUGUCAGAUAUCUACAGAUAUUCUAAUAUGCUUUGGCUAAAUUUGCUCUUUGUAGAAUCAACCAAGAUACCAGUUUUGUACAGGGGAUAUAUUUUACAUGAAUAGAGCUCAUUAAAACGUAUUGUUCAAGUACUGCUUUUUUAAAAUUCAUAUUUGAGAAGAAAUUGUUUGCCUAUCGAAAAACCAUUAAGGAUUAGACUCACCCGUACAUGAGUGAUUUGAUUAUUCUGAAUCAGUGUUUUUAUCCUUAAAUCUGAGAAAAGAAUUGUAUUUAAGGUCAGAUCUAUAUCCAUCACUGCCUAAAAAUGUUUUGUUCUAGUAUUUAUGAAUUUUCAUUCAUGACCUAAAAUAUACUUAUUACCUGUUUUCAUAGUCUAUAUAAUGAACUAAAAACAAAAAGUAAACUAAAAAUGAGUUCCCAAGUAACAUAUCCAUCUUUGCUAUGAGAAAUGUUGGAAGUAGAAAAACAUGUGCUAGGUAAAUAGUACCCAGCACAAGAGUCUUAGGAAAAUAGAUUUCACAUUUGCUCUGAUGGCUGAAAAAAUGCAUGCUCCAAAACAUUUUCAUCAUAGGAGUAUUUCUUUAAAUCACAGUAUUGGUAUUUCUCACAAGCCUAUCUUAACCUAGCCUACUUAUGUUACAUUAUUAAGCUAUUAUUUUAAAAACAGUAUUGCUUAACAACCAGUUAUCCCCCCCACCACCACCACCACCCCUAGAUCUAAAAUUUAGCUUUGAAAGUGUUAAAAGUGCCAUCCUACUACUUAGGCUGCAAAUUCCAUUUAUUGAAUACCAGGGUCCUAUCUCGGCAUUGUAUAUAAAAAAUGUGCAGCACGUGGAUGAGGAAUGCUGUAAAUAUGGCUUUCUGCUGGUGUGUUCGCAUUAAGCCUGGUUUUGCCAUCCUCCCAUUGAUGUAUAUUACCCAUAGACUAUACAUAACUCCCACUAAUGUAUAUUACACAUAGAUUAUACAUAACUCCCAUUAAUGUAUAUUACCUAUAGAUUAUACAUAACUGCAUCUCUUGCUUUCUGCAGUGAAUCUUUAGUUGUGAUUUUCCAGCUGUGAAAAUGUUGCCUUGUAUUUAAAAGGGUUUCAUGAGGGAGACCUGAGUAAAACUAAGCUCAUUAGUGAUAGGCUUGCUUUCUUCAUGUCCUCCCAUCACCCCCCCCCCCCCACGCCCCUUGCCUACCACCCCUGGAGGGUGCUUAUUCUUUAACGAGGAGAAUCUAAAGAUAAAAAUUAAAUAAUAAGAACUGCUGUUUAAUGUAUCUACAGUAAUUGUCACACCAGAGCUUUUAUUCUCUUCUGUAGUUGUUAGAAGCAGCAGCCUACCUUGGAUUCCUAAGUCAGGCUGAAACUUCGUUGAUGUUCAUGUACUCACAUGUCUUAGAGAUGUGGUAGGUGUCGCUUGUGUGUGUGCAAGUGAAGUAUAAAGCAUGCGCGUUCACUUGGCCUCUUUGAAGCGAGAGAGAUGCUGCUGGUUCAUGGUGGCCGACGUGAGGGUCUGUCAGCACACAUGGAAAGUCCCAUUUUCACAGAUGUGUAACUAAUAAUGCAGAUGCAAUCAUUGGGAGUAUUUAAUAUGCAAUAGGUAGCACCUUAACUAAUUAAUCUGCAUAUGAAGGGUUUUCUGAUGUAUUUAAUAAGAAGCGAAGAAGCUCUUCAAGCAUUAAACUAGAGUUGACAUUUUAUUUAAUUUAUUUUCUUUAUCAAGAAAUCUACUCUUACAAUGGAAUUGAAGUCUGCAACAAAUGAUUCAUUUGGACACAUUCAUCUUUGAAGCUUUCAUUUGGGUUGUAUUUUGAGGUACAAAAAAAUGCUGCAGAUCUAGGAAUGUAUAUAUGUAGUAGGUAUUUGAAAGAUACAAGCAUUAUUUAUAACUGAAGAGUAUUACACUUCCUGAGUAAAUGCUCUAGUAACUUGUGUACAGUUUUUGCAGGUACAAACUCAAAAGUAUGUACGCAUACUUGUAAAUGUGACAGUUGCAUAAUUUAUGUAUUCUGAUGCAUGAAUCAGGAUUUUAUAUAAUAUAUGAUUGUUGAUUUAUUAUAGUUGAUUAAAGUGUUCAAGCUUAAUUCUGCUGUCAGCAU